GCCUGCGCGAUGACCCAGGGAGCAGAGCCCCGGCAGCCCGGAGCGAAGGGCUCAGCUGUCCGCCUGCCGGCGUUACUGUCCCUUUAAGUAAAGUCCGCGCGCAGCCGGCUCCCCCACUAUCCCUGGGUGCAUUGCGGCGGGGGAGGGGGCCAUUCUCGCCGCACUGCCGCGCGUGGGGACGGGGAGUCACCCGCCGCGCCUGCUCCCCCGGUUUGAAGUUGGCGCCCGGGAGCGAUGCGGAGCUGAGGAGACACAGGCCGCCGCCAUGUCUGCGGGAUUCUCCUUCGGGGCCGGCACGCUGGGCUCCGCCGCCGCUGCUGGGGCGGGAGGCGGCGGCGGGGGAGGCUUCUCCUUCGGAGCUGUCCAGCCGAGCUCAACCGGAGGUCUUAAUUUUGGAACCUUGGGCUCCUCGACUGCUACAGCAACUACAUCAGCUCCAUCAGUGGGCUUUGGAAGUGGACUGUUUGGUUCAAAAUCUACCACUGGGCUUGCUCUAGGAGGUACUAAUACAGGAACAGCUACAACUAUUGCUACAGGAUUAACACUGGGAGCUCCUGCCGCUACAUCAGCCUCUACCACAGGUUUUAGUCUAGGGUUCAACAAACCUGCAGGAUCGGCCACACCAUUUGCUUUGCCUAUUACUUCUACCUCAGCAAGUGGCCUCUCACUUUCUUCUGCUCUAACGUCAACUCCUGCAGCAGGUUCUACUGGCUUUACAUUAAAUUUGGGUGGGACAGCUGCCCCAACUACAAGUGCAUCCACAGGCCUUUCACUGGGAGGAGCCUUAGCUGGUUUGGGAGGUACGCUCUUCCAGAAUGCAACCACAGCAGCAACAGGACUCGGACAGAAUGCUCUGAGUUUGACUCUGGGGACGACUUCUGCUCCUUCAGCUACUGUUAAUGAAGGUCUUGGUGGCAUAGAUUUUAGUAGUUCUUCAGAUAAAAAGAGUGAUAAAACAGGAACAAGACCAGAAGAUAGUAAAGCACUGAAGGAUGAAAAUCUACCUCUACUAAUCUGUCAAGAUGUAGAAAAUCUCCAGAAAUUUGUGAAAGAACAAAAACAAGUGCAGGAAGAAAUUAGUAGAAUGUCUUCCAAAGCAAUGCUUAAAGUACAGGAAGAUAUUAAAGCUUUGAAACAGCUUUUGUCAGUGGCUGCUAGUGGACUACAGAGAAACACUCUUAAUAUUGACAAAUUGAAAAUGGAAACUGCCCAGGAACUGAAGAAUGCAGAAAUAGCAUUAAGAACACAGAAAACUCCUCCUGGUCUUCAACAUGAAAAUUCAGCCCCAGCAGACUACUUCAGGAUCUUGGUUGAACAGUUUGAAGUACAGCUGCAGCACUACAGACAGCAAAUUGAAGAACUGGAAAAUCAUCUUGCCACGCAAGCAAACAAUUCACAUAUAACUCCACAAGAUUUGUCUAUGGCUAUGCAGAAAAUUUAUCAAACAUUUGUAGCUCUAGCUGCACAACUUCAAUCAAUACAUGAAAAUGUAAAGAUGCUCAAAGACCAAUACCUUGGCUACAGGAAAACCUUUCUGGGAGAUGCUAUGGAUGUGUUUGAGGCAAGACGAGCAGAAGCUAAGAAAUGGCAGAGUGCCCCACGUGUUAUUACGGGACCAACCCCUUUCAGCAACAUACCAAAUGCAGCAGCCGUUGCCAUGGCUGCCACACUUUCUCAGCAGCAACAGCCUGCUACAGGGCCACAGCCAUCUCUGGGAGUUAGUUUUGGAACGCCAUUCGGCUCAGGUAUUGGCACUGGCUUGCAAUCAAGUGGCUUAGGUUCUUCAAACCUUGGAGGAUUUGGAAGUAGCUCUGCUUUUGGAAGCACUGCCACAGGCGCACCAUCAUUUGGAUUUGGAACUACUAAACCCUCAGGAAGUCUUAGUGCAGGCUUUGGCAGCUCAACUACAUCUGGGUUUAACUUCAGUAAUCCUGGCAUCACAGCAUCGGCUGGCUUGACAUUUGGGGUAUCUAAUCCUGCAUCUACAGGUUUUGGGACAGGAGGGCAACUUCUUCAGCUGAAGAAACCUCCAGCUGGAAACAAGAGAGGAAAAAGAUAGACACACUGUUGGGGAAAGGGGAAGUGAAUCAGCUUUGUUCAUCCUAAAAGUCUAUUUUUCUAAAUGGAUGCAGUAAUUAAAUUGCAUCCCAGGAGAUUUAUAAAAUUUUGCUAUGUUUCACUAUUCUGGAAUAUGAAAUGUAAUCAUAUUGAACAACUAUUUUCCUGUGAAUAGAAACCCAUCUAUGUAUUUUAAUUUUGGUUCUAGUUUUAGAAAUCUUCUAUACUGCAUUCUUAAAGAAUCUUGUAAAAUCAUCUAUUUAACCUAAUGUAGCAGCAGAAUAUUUUUGUUAACAAGCUUUAUACCAUAUGAAUAUAUGCAUAUUUGGUUUUUUUGUACAGAUAAAUAUAUUCUAGUACAAAUACUAGAGUUCAUAUCUUCUGUUCUUGGAUAUGGCCUUUAAAUCUACUUCAGGGUGUUUCUUUGUGAAUAUGGAUGUAAAUAUAAAUAUAUAUACAGUACAGUGCACACAUUUGUGUGCAUGUAUUUGUAUAUAUAAUAAAAACGUGAACUUGCCCAUAGACAAAACUCUCCAUGUUUCUUUGCUUUGUGUGUUCCCUUUUCCAUGUUGUUUUAGGCUUCCACAUCUUGAUGCUCAUAGGAAUAUCGAAUAGUCCCAGGCUGUAAUAUUUUUGCAGCUUGUUUUUUAAAGACGAGCUGAAAUACUGUUCACUAUUGUAUAGUUCUGGCAAAUAGUGUUUAAUUGCCUGUUUGUCCUCAACAUUUUCCUUUCUUCAGCUAGUAAUCACUCCAAAGAGGAAUCUGAGAGACUUUCAAACAAAGGUGUUGUCACAGCUGGUGUUGCCAAACAGAUCUCUCCUGGGCGGCGCUUCAUUCUGAGGCUGCUAGGUUUCCGGAGAUUGCUUGGGGGCAGAGAGUUGUGAAGCCGGUGGUCUCUUCUCUCUGCAGGUGCUGGAUGCAGACUGUGCCACUCUAGUGAAAAUUGUAUCUAACCAUUCCAAACAGAGUUGAUUCACACAGGGCUACUGGCAUGACUCAAAAAAGAGUUGGUUACCUGCCCUUAACACCCGUUGCUGCUAAGGAAUAAAGUAAAACAGUAUACUUUGAGGGUAAGCUAUUGUAACAGUAGAAAUACUACAAGUCUUACAAGUGCGGCAAACUUCAUGUUAUGGCAUCUUGGCACAUUGGGCUGCAUCUCCAGCUCAGACUGCUUUAAAACAGAAACAGCAGAAAAAUCUCUUACGAGUGUAUAUGGAAGUUUGGAGAUAAGUGUAGCUUUAAUAUAGAGGUGUUUUGUACAUAAUGUGCAUCCAAGUGAAUAGUCACAUUCACUUUCACCAGGGCACCUUUUUUCUAAAACAGGUAUUAUGCAUAAUUUUCUAGUAUGAAGUCAGUUGCUUUCAAUUGUAAAAGUGUUGUCAAGUACUGUUUUGUAUGUUCUGGAAGUAAUGUCUGCAUACAGCAAUUACUGGCCUUUGACAAAUGGGGUUUUCUGUUUGUGUUCAGAAAUAAGCAUAUUAGUUUUGAACACAGAACUUUUCACUUUUGUACACUUGUAUGUUACUGCAUCUAAGAGAUGAGCAUUUUCUUUGGGAGGCAGUUAAUAGUGUGUGCAUUUUUGUUUUUUAAGGCAGAAUUAAAAGCUUAAAAGUCCAUUUCAACUUUAAACCUUUUCAAGGGUUUGCAUUGGGCUGUAAUCAAAAGCCUGAUAUUUGUAUUUCUUUGUUACCAGCUUUUUUAAAAAAAGUUAAAUUUAAAAUGUUGAACCACUGGACUUUCUUGUAUUGUAUUAAUUUGUGAAACUAAUUUUUUUAAACUGUGUGCUGUCUUUGUCCACAUGUGCAACCUACCAUUGUGCAAAACAAUAAAAGAAAUGAAUGCUGUGA